CGACGGCAAGGAAGUUGGGACCUGAGUACCGCAGUCGCGUGCUGCUGUUUUUGGUGGGUCGCUUGUGUGGAGAAGCCCCGGCACGGGAGGUACAUGUUUACGGAUAAAGCUGGAAGGAGGCGCGUGGUGGAGGAGCUGCUUUGCGGAGACGGCGGACAGAUAGAAUAAAACUCCCUGAAGGUAUUUUUUUCUGGUCCAGGUGCUUUUAUAUCAUGUUUCCACGAGAAGCCUUUCAGAUCUCCAGGCAAUCACACUUUUUAGUUGACGGCACAGCUUCUCCUUAGCAACACUUCCUACCGUUUGCCUCAGAUAUUUAAAGGUUAGACAAGCCAGUGCUAGCGUCUGUCUGAGAGCAGCCACGCUGUGAUCAGACCUGGGCUUUUCCCUUUGGCACCACAGGAAGCCUGUUUUUUUUAAAUAAAACAACCACUCUGCCUCAAUGGAGUGUUUCACGACCCAACGGAGGAGCUGUAGAGGUGGCUGUUACCUCUGCAUCAGCUGGGAGAUAGCCUAGCUCAGGUCAGCACAGUGCCGCCCCCAUCCCUCAGCUCCCUGCAUCCCACACAGCCACCCCCCCACCCCCCUCUCCCCACUCUUUCCUGUUUUCUGUCACAAACCUCUGCUAGCUGCCCGCCAUGUCAUCGGUCCGCUUCACGGUGACGCCCACCAAGGCCGAGGACCUCCCCCGGCUGUCCGACACAUCGCCCGACAUCAGCUCCCGCCCGUCUGCCCGCGUCCGAUUCGGCUCCAGGGAGAGCGUCAAUCGGAGCGACCCGCUGAGCGAGGGCUCGGGAGGUGUGACCACCACGGGAGGGAACGACACGCCAGAUCGCUGCAGCGUAGACCAAGGUGAUGGAAACUCAAAAAUCUCCAGUGUUUACAUCAACAACAGUCAUGGGAUGGAUGACGAUGACUUCUACGACAGGAACUUGGCCUUGUUUGAGGAGGAGAUGGACACCCGGCCGAAGGUGUCCUCUCUGCUCAACCGGCUGGCCAACUACACCAACCUGACGCAGGGGGCCAAGGAGCACGAGGAGGCCGAGAGCAUCGGUGAGAAGAAGAAAGCCAGCAAGCUGCCACAGAUGGGGACGUUCAUGGGCGUCUACCUCCCCUGCCUUCAGAACAUCUUUGGAGUCAUCCUGUUCCUGAGGUUGACCUGGGUGGUGGGAACCGCUGGCGUGCUGCAGGCCCUCUGCAUCGUCUUCAUAUGCUGCUGCUGCACGCUCCUGACCGCGAUAUCAAUGAGCGCCAUCGCCACUAACGGAGUUGUGCCAGCUGGAGGCUCCUACUUCAUGAUCAGCCGCUCUCUGGGUCCAGAGUUCGGUGGGGCCGUGGGGAUCUGUUUCUACCUGGGCACCACCUUCGCCGGAGCCAUGUACAUCCUGGGAGCCAUCGAGAUCUUCCUGAUAUACAUCGUACCCCAGGCUGAGAUUUUCACAGGCGAAGAUGCAGCCAUGUUGAACAACAUGCGGGUCUACGGCAGCAUCUGUCUCCUCCUGAUGUCCCUGCUCGUCUUCGUGGGCGUAAAGUACGUCAACAAGCUGGCCUCCAUCUUCUUGGCCUGCGUCAUCGUCUCCAUCAUUUCCAUCUACGUGGGAGCGUUCGUCUCCGCCAUCCAAGAGCCUCCUUUUCCCGUGUGCAUGCUGGGAAACAGGACUAUCAGCGGCCACUUGAUCAGUGACGACAGCCCGUGUAACAAAACCAUCCCAGUGGAGAUAAAAGAUACAGCGGAGAGCUUUGACAGCAACUUUACCCUUGGCUCUGAAAACAGCACCGAUGGACCAAGCAUCGUCCCCACCGACGCUCCCGUUGUGGUGCUGAAGACCACGUUACUCUGGAGAGAGUUUUGCCAGAGUCCAGAGCUCAACGCUACAUGUGACGAUUACUUCAGCACCAAUAGUUUCACCAGUAUUAGAGGGAUUCCUGGGCUGGCCAGCGGCAUCAUUUCAGAGAACCUGUGGAGCUCGUACAUCAGCAAAGGCGAAGUGCUGGAGAAAAGCUCGCUCGGCUCCUCUGAUGCGGCUCAUCCAGCGUCAGCUUCUCAUCCGUACGUGUUUGCCGACAUCACCACCUCCUUCACCCUGCUGGUGGGCAUCUUCUUCCCCUCCGUCACAGGAAUCAUGGCUGGCUCAAAUCGGUCGGGAGAUUUAAAAGAUGCCCAGCGCUCCAUCCCCAUCGGGACCAUCCUCGCCAUCCUCACCACGUCUGUGGUCUACCUGAGCAGCGUGGUGCUGUUUGGAGCCUGCAUCGACGGCGUCGUCCUCAGAGACAAGUUUGGAGAUUCGGUGAAAGGCAAGCUGGUGGUGGCCACCCUGGCCUGGCCCUCUCAUUGGGUCAUCGUGAUCGGCUCCUUCUUCUCAACGUGCGGCGCAGGCCUGCAGUCGCUGACCGGCGCGCCCCGCCUGCUGCAGGCCAUAGCUAAGGACAACAUUAUCCCGUUCCUACGGGUGUUCGGACACGGGAAGGCUAACGGCGAGCCCACCUGGGCCCUGCUGCUGACGGCGCUGAUAGCUGAACUGGGGAUCCUCAUCGCCUCUCUGGACCUGGUCGCCCCCAUCCUCACAAUGUUCUUCCUGAUGUGCUACUUGUUUGUGAACCUGGCCUGUGCCCUGCAGACGCUGCUCAGGACCCCCAACUGGAGGCCACGCUUCUCCUACUACCACUGGACCUUGUCGUUUCUGGGGAUGACCAUCUGCCUCGCUCUCAUGUUCAUAUCUUCUUGGUACUACGCAAUCGUUGCCAUGGUGAUCGCUGGCAUGAUCUACAAAUACAUUGAAUAUCAUGGGGCAGAGAAGGAGUGGGGGGAUGGGAUCCGCGGUCUGUCGCUCAGCGCUGCCCGUUACGCUCUUCUGAGGCUGGAGGAGGGACCUCCACACACCAAGAACUGGAGGCCCCAACUGCUGGUGCUGCUAAAACUGGACGAAGACGCCCACGUCAAGUCUCCUCGUCUGCUGACGUUCGCCAGCCAGCUGAAGGCGGGGAAGGGCUUGACCAUCGUCGGCACGGUCGUCCCCGGAAACUUCCUGCAGACAUAUGGAGAGGCUCUGGCUGCCGAACAGACCUUGAAGCAUCUGAUGGACAAGGAGCGGGUGAAGGGCUUCGUUCAGUGCAUCGUUGCUCAAAAGGCACGCGAGGGAAUCAGUCACAUGAUCCAGUCAAGCGGGCUGGGAGGAAUGAAGCCCAACACCGUGGUGAUGGGCUGGCCUCAAGCCUGGAGGCAAAGUGAGGACCCGCAGGCCUGGAAGACCUUCAUCAAUACGGUGCGGGUGACCACGGCGGCUCACCUGGCCCUGCUGGUACCCAAGAACAUCUCCCUGUUCCCCAGCAACAGCGAGCCGUCCACAGAGGGCUACAUCGACGUGUGGUGGAUCGUUCACGACGGCGGGAUGCUGAUGUUGCUGCCGUUUCUGCUCCGCCAGCACAAGGCGUGGCGUAAGUGCAGGAUGCGCAUCUUCACGGUGGCACAGAUGGAGGACAACUCUAUUCAGAUGAAGAAGGAUUUAGCGACGUUUCUCUAUCACCUACGCAUUGAGGCUGAGGUGGAAGUAGUGGAGAUGCAUAACAGCGACAUCAGCGCGUACACCUACGAAAGGACUUUGAUGAUGGAGCAGAGGUCUCAGAUGCUCCGACAAAUGCGACUCUCCAAGUCAGAUCGAGAAAGAGAAAGGGUACGCUGGAGUUUUGACGACGUGUAUCUCUCGCCCAGGUUCAGGAGCACUGACGCCAACACCUCAAACCCCAUCAAAGAAGACAGAGACAGACAGGCCCAGUUGGUGAAGGACCGCAACUCCAUGCUGCGCCUGACUAGCAUCGGGUCAGACGACGACGACGACACCGAUGGCGGAGAGAGGGAGCGGCCGGUGAGCAGCAGCUCCGAGCACCACCGGCGCGUUCAGAUGACCUGGACCAAAGAGAAGACGGCGCACUACAGAGCCACGCACUCCGGCUGCUCCACGCCCGAAGGCUUCAGAGACAUGCUGAGCAUCAGGCCGGACCACUCCAACGUCAGGAGGAUGCACACCGCCGUCAAGCUCAACGAAGUCAUUGUGAAUAAAUCCCAUGAUGCCCGGCUCGUCCUGCUCAACAUGCCAGGACCCCCGAAGAAUCCCGAAGGAGACGAGAACUACAUGGAGUUCUUGGAGGUUCUGACUGAAGGACUGGAGCGCGUCCUGUUGGUCAGAGGCGGCGGAAGUGAAGUCAUCACCAUCUACUCUUGAUCGGACAGACGCUGGAAGACGGCGUUCAACAAGCGGCCGAUCGUGGAGAAGUGAGCAAGAGGGAAAUGGGCUGGUCUGUCGGCGCUGUGGGGUGUGGACGAGGUUGCUACGUCCAGCAUCCCACCAAGCCCAGCUCCCUUCAUCUUUUCUCUUUUCUGUCAUGAUGGUGCUUCAUGUUCCAGUUAUGUUGCCCUGAGGAAAUGCCAACACAGUUCCACGAUUGAGCAACACGAACCCAUAGCAAUCAGCUGUGUGUGUGUGUGUGCAUGUGUCUAUGUGUGUGUGUGUGUGUGUGUGUGGGAGUCACUCACCUGGAGGAUCUUUGAUCUGUUGAUGGGACCAGCAUUUAGUUUGAGGCAGGUGGGUUUAGGCAGUGGAUCAGUUAAAGCAAAUUUGUAAGAGAAUGGGUCUGAAAACAGGGCAGUCGCUCCACCAACAAAACUCAGGGUUGCUUUUUGUACAGAAUGUAUUUUGGACGUUUGUAGGAGUUUGCUAUGUGAGGCCUAAAUGUCUGAUAUCAAAGGAGUAUCUUUGUUUUUUUUAUUCUCUAAAGGCACAUAAAUGUUUAUUUCAGAACUUCGCAUGGAGUAGAAAAGUAAUAAUAUCCUAAACUUCAGGUUAACGGUCCGUCUUUUUCUUUUCCGUGUACUGGAAUACGUACUCAACAUUUUAUUUUGUAUACAUUAGAAGCCCCUGAUAAAAGUAACUUUAAAAUGAUCAUUCUUGCACAGAUAUAAGACUUUGCUGCUAUUUGUCCAAAACUAAUGUUGUGUAUUAGAAGCCUUGUAUGUUUUAAAUCGAAAUUUAGAUUCAAUCUAGAUUAACCCUGAGCACAAAUUAAAUUUUUUUUUUUUUAUAAAUAAAUGUCAGAGGUAAUUGUGCAAAUGCUCUUAACAAGGUAAUGAAAAUAAAGGGGUCAUAAUGUAGAUAUAUGGAGAAAAUAAUGUGAAACAAUAAUUCAGGUUUAUUGUUAAAUUAAAAAAAGCAAUAUUUAAAUUUUUAUUUUUUAGGACCCCUCCCCCCAUGUUUUUUUUUUUAAGUUGAAAUGCAAAGAUGUAAAGUGAAUUUAUCUCGGACCAAUUACUGAUGACUAAGCUAACUUAUGGCUUUGUCAUUUAUAAUUUUACAUCUUUUUUUUCCCCACUUGUGUUUUAUUUAGGGGUUUUUUCCCCAGCAUUUAAACCUUGUUCUUUGUUUUAGCUGAAAAGGGCUUUUCUAAAAGAAUGAUAAAGAACUUAGAGGCCCCUAUCAAUAGAUUAGUUUGAUUAAAAAUACAGCUGUGGUUAGAUGCGAGUGUUGAGGACGUAAGUUAGUUAUACGAUCUGAUUAAGUGAAGUCAGAGAGAAGGGUUGCCUUUUUGUUUCGUGCUUCUUAGUUUGUUGAUCUCAAAACAAAUUCCUGUAAAACCAAAAUGAUCCCUUACUAAGAACGUGACUGGAGGCUGUGGACCUGUGGCUGGCCCAGUGGACUGCAUGAGAUCAG